CUCAUUCACAUACACAUCAAAUCGAGAAGCAAUCUGUUUUGCUGGAUUUUCUAUAGAUUUUCUGGCGAUUUUCUCGUUGACUUGACGUUGGAGUACUUUCUCAAUAUUUUUUGUUUGUGCUUUUUAGAACACAAUAUACUGUCAAUUCGUAUAGUUACGGGUUUUUGGACUCUCAGCAGAAAAUUCCUAUAUUUUUUUCGGUAUCCUUUUUUUACGUCCAAAAUAUAUAGGCUUCCAGUGCCAAAAAAACAAGUGUACCGAAACAUGAGGAUUAGCAUUUUCAUGUGACAUUAUAUUAGCGUAGUAUUGUGAUUUAAUCAUCAGAAUCAAUCGGAAUCUCAAAUCGUAAAGACGCAUUUCCGUGCUACUCUCUGUCUUUGUUUUUCUGUGUGUGACAUAUGUAUCUAGUGAUAAUAUGAUUUAAAAUAAAAUAUAUUAAAUUGUGUAAAGUGCAAAAAAAAUAAAUAAAAUAUUAAAAAUAAUAAAAAGGAUAAAGUAAUGGAAGCAUCAGAAACCUUGACGCACCUUCCAUUAGAUUUUAGUGUGACAAUGAUGAAUAAUAUAAAAAUUAAGAGUGAAUUAACAAAACACGAAUUAAACAAUAAUAAUCCAAGUGUCAAUAUGAUUUUUCAACAAAAUAGUCAACAAUCCUCAAGUGCGUUUAAAGUUGUUACACCGAGGAAAUCCGACGGCACAGUGAAUGGGAUUUCACCGCUACUUUUUAAUGCUGGCUUAGUUAGUCAUUAUCGCCGUUAUCUUAAUCCCGUAGAUCCUCGAAUGCUCGUAACAAAUGGCACAUCCACAGAACUCAAUAAAUCAUUUUGUAAAGAUGAAAUAAAAUUCGGUGUAAAUCGUUUGAUGGAGAAGCCAGAGUCAGAGGAUGAGGAUAUAGGUGGAAUUUAUCGAGCAAAAUCUCUCAUUUCAUGUGAUUCACCUUCUAAUUUAAGUGUUACACGAACAAAAUCAAGAUCAAGAAGUCGAUCGAGGAGUCAGUCACACUCACGGAGCAGAUCAAAUUCAUCAUCAUCGGAAUUAGAAGUCGAUUCACCGCCACCACCUAGAAUUACGCAUUCACCGCUAACCGACAUUCCACAUACGAAAAAAUCAGAAUCAUUUUCUAUGUCAGCAUUACUACGUGAUGAUCAACCGAAAAUAUCAAAAUCACCAGCAUCUAGUAACAAUUCAUUCGAAAACAUAAGACCAUCAUAUCCACAUAUUUAUGAACAGAACGUACUAUCGAGGCCUUUGUUUCAUCCAUUUCCAUUAUUUGCUAUGUUGCAACAGCAAGGACAACAGCAACAGCAAAAUUCAUCAUUACCAAGUUAUCAUACUCCAUCGCCGGAAGACAUUUUAAGAUUUCGUCACUUAAUGCAACAGAAUAACAAUUCUAAUCAACCAUCAACGAAUGCACAUUUGGGUUUUUCACAUCCUCACUAUCCACAUCAUCAUUUAUUUAUGAGAUCGGGUAUCAUGGGAUCAAUAGGAGAUGUCUAUUCGUGUAUAAAAUGUGAAAAGAUGUUUAGUACACCGCAUGGACUUGAGGUGCAUGCACGGAGAUCACACAAUGGAAAACGACCUUAUGCUUGUGAGCUCUGCAACAAAACCUUUGGUCAUGAAAUCAGCUUAAGUCAGCACAGAGCUGUACAUAAUGUCGAGAAAGUUUUCGAAUGUAAGCAAUGUGGAAAGGCAUUCAAGAGAUCUAGCACUUUAUCGACACACCUACUAAUACAUAGUGACACACGACCAUAUCCCUGCCAAUUUUGCGGUAAACGCUUUCAUCAAAAAUCAGACAUGAAGAAACACACAUACAUCCAUACGGGUGAGAAACCCCAUAAAUGCCAGGUCUGUGGAAAGUCAUUUAGCCAAUCAAGUAAUUUGAUUACGCACAGCCGUAAACAUACAGUUGUCCCUUUAACAGGUUUCAAACCAUUCAGUUGCGAUUUAUGUCAUAAAUCAUUUCAACGAAAAGUUGAUUUACGUCGACACAAGGAAACACAACACACAGAACUUAGGCCACUUGUUAAUUGAAUGGGAAAAUUUUCAAUUUAUAUACAAUUCUAAUUCCACACUCACUAUCUCUCUGCAUAUACAUUUAUUCGAUGCUGCUGCUGCUGCUUUAUGUCAUUCCACAAUGAACAAUCAAAAAACAAAAAUGAUGACGACUUUUUUUUUAAGUUUCUUAAACAAAUUUUAUGGAAUUCCUUUUACACUAUGAACUAUAGUAAAUAUGAUACUCAGAAAAUAUGCAUGAAAAAUUAGGAAUAACAUUUUUUGAAAUUUUUAAUAAGACACACACGUUGAUGUAGAUAGUAAAAAAUUUAUGAAUCAAUUUUUAUUUGAUAUUUUUUUUUUUUUGAAAAAAAAAAUUGUGCAAUUCCUUUAUUAUUUUUUAGAGGUAAAUAUUUUUAUUUUUUGUUGAAACUGGGGGUGUUGGGUGUGAUGGAUUUUGAGUUUUUGGAAAGUUCUGGUUUAAGUUCUCUAGAAAAUCGAGCGAAUGAUUAGUAUUAGUGGAUGAGAUCAGUUCAAUGUUCAUAUGUUUAAAUCAAAAAUCUCGUCAAUGAACGACCUUAAACGCUCCCCUAUGAAAGCUAAACUCCUCAACCCUAGUUGAUCUAUGAUUUAAUCACAAAUCUAUAAAUUCCAAAUUUUUUCAAAAUUUUCACACCUAACCUCCCUCAAAAAAAUUAUAUCUUCCUUUUAACUCUUUUAAUUACUUUCGCUUAAAUGUCGGCUGAGUGCAAAAUCAAUCAUAGAAAUUUAAAUUCUCUUCAAAAGAAUCUUUAAGAUUUAAUUUUGAAAAAUGAAGAAAGAAAAAAAAAUUAUCGAUGUUUUCAAUAAAAUUGCCAAUAAAAUGCAAAUAAAAUUUAUUCAGUGACAUGUAAUGAUCAAGUUCUAUUCUUAAAAUUAGAAGAAAUAUUAAAUUGAAAAGAUUUUAAUCACAUAAAUGAAGAUUUUAUUGCCCAUUAAUUGUACAUAACUAAAGAAAUCAUUAAUGUGUAAAAUACAACAUGCAAAAAACGCUA